AUGGCUGUAGAGACGACCAAAUCUAUACAAGAAGAAAAGAUUGGUACUUCUAGUUCCUUUGAUAAAUCCAACGUGGACAAAACUCCUGUUAAAGAGAAUCUUUUUCAGAAUGGAAAAGCCAACUUAAAUGCAGAGCAGCGGCAGCAACAAACGAAAAAUAAACGCAAUAAUAGGAAGAAAAAGAAGAAACAACAGGAGGGAAUGAAAGCAAAUGUUAAGACUGAUUUACAAGAUCAAACGAAGUUAUCAGAACCUGUUGCUGAUAAAGAUAAUGAAGAUGUUGACAUAGAGUAUGUAUUACCACCUUUAGAUAUACCUAACGAACCAUACUUUGAAGAAUUCUCAAAGGUUUUUGCCCAUUUUCAGGUUCAAAAAGAAGAGACUGAGUCACAAGCAGCAACUCUACAAACGGAAGAGGAAUCCACAGAAACAACAAAACCUCAAGAAAAUUACACCAUUAACAGCAUUAAUAAUGUCACUAAAGCAUUGCUAGACUCUGAUAACGAGGUUGAUCAAUCCGAGGAAGAAGAAAACAAUAAAGAAAAGGUAUCGAAAAAGAAAUUGCGGAAACUGAAUAGGCUUAGUGUAGCGCAGUUAAAACAAUUGGUAAAGCGACCCGAAGUUGUUGAGUGGGUUGAUGUAACAGCAGCUGAUCCCAAAUUACUUGUAAGUCUUAAAGCUUAUCGAAAUACAGUGCCGGUGCCACAGCAUUGGUCACAAAAAAGAAAAUAUCUUCAAGGAAAACGAGGAAUCGAGAAGCCUGCUUUUGAAUUACCUGAUUUCAUAAAGGAUACUGGUAUCAUGGAAAUGCGCGAAGCAGUCAAAGAAAAAGAAGACGCAGCUAAACUAAAACAAAAAACACGUGAGCGAGUGCAACCAAAAAUGGGAAAAUUAGAUAUUGAUUAUCACAAGUUACAUGACGCGUUUUUCCGAUUUCAGGCAAAACCUAAACUCACAAUUCAUGGAGAGUUAUAUUACGAAGGAAAGGAGUUUGAAACAAAACUUAAAGAAAAAAAACCUGGCCAAUUGUCGGAGGAAUUAAAAGCUGCGUUAAAUAUGCCUCCGCUUGCGCCGCCUCCGUGGUUAAUUGCAAUGCAACGAUAUGGUCCUCCACCCAGUUAUCCGAACUUAAAAAUUCCCGGGUUGAACUCUCCAAUACCAGAAGGAGCUCAAUGGGGAUUCCAUCCUGGUGGCUGGGGCAAACCACCAGUUGAUGAAUAUAAUCGACCGUUGUACGGUGAUGUCUUUGGAACAUAUCAACAAGAAAUACCAUUAGAGAUGGUUCAACCGAUUGAACGAAAGUUAUGGGGUGAAUUAGAAGUCGAAGAAGAAGCCAAAACAUUACAAGAGGGUCUAGUGACACCUAGUGGUUUGGCCAGUGUAGCCAACGGUCUUGAAACGCCUGCAUAUAUUGAAUUGAGGAAAUUCCAAAAUGCACCCCAAGCCGCUGCACCAACAGCUGCUGCUUCACUAGAAAGUGGAUUACAAACGCCGAGCGUUAUCGAGUUACGAAAAUAUCAAAGAGUCGAAGAAGACGAACCCAAAGCUUUGUUCACGGUUCUUCCUCAAAAAGAAGCAUCGAUAUCAGGAUUCAUGGGAUCGCAGCAUGUAUAUGACUUGGCUGCCGCUGGCGUGACGACAACCAAGAGUAAAAAACGAAAACUUGUAGGAACUGGUGUUGAUGUUGCACUAGACCCCUCGGAAAUGGCUAAUCUAGACGAAGAAACUUUACGCGCUAAAUUCGAGGAAGCUCAACAGGAGCACCAACCUGAAGGUGCACACGAAGAUUUCUCUGACAUGUUGGCUGAACAUGCAAAUAAACAAGCAAAGAAGCGACAAAAACUUGCGGAUGCGAAAGCAGCCGCACGGGAUGCCGGGGCUGCCAGUGGAUCUAAUCAAAAGAAACACAAAGAGUUUAAAUUCUGA